GACAUCGGCCCUGGGCUUCCUAUCGGGGCUUCCUCUCCGUCCUGUGACACCAAGACACCAUGACUUUUACUCCACAGAUGCUACUGCUGCUGCUGCUGCCGCCGCUACCGCUACCGCUGCCGAUGCCGCUGCGGGCCGGGUCCCCGGCUCAGGAUGCCAGAUUCCAGCUGCGAGUGCAGAACCUCGUGACGGUGCAGGAGGGCCUGUGUGUGUUCGUGCCCUGCCACUGCUCUUACCCCGAGGUCGAAUACAAUGACAGUGACCCAGCUCAUGGCUACUGGUUCCGUGACGGGACCAAAACAGGGUGGGGUGCUCCAGUGGCCACAAACAACCCCGACCGUAAAGUGCAGCAGGAGACCCAGGGCCGAUUCCAUCUCGUUGGGAACCCCCAGGACUACAACUGUUCCCUGGACAUCAGAGACGCACAGAGAAGUGACUCAGGGAAAUACUUCUUUCGGGUGGAGAGAGGGUCUUUUGUGAAAUACAAUUUCCAGUGGAACCUGCUCUCUGUGAAUGUGACAGCUCUGACCCAGACACCCAACAUCCACAUCCAGGGGCUUCUAAUAUCUGGCCAGCCCAAGAACAUUACCUGUAGCGUGCCCUGGGCCUGUAAGAGGGGGAUGGCCCCCACCUUCUCCUGGAUAGGGGACGCCCUCACCUCCCAGGGCCCCAGGACCCACCUCUCCUCCGUGCUCACCCUCACCCCGAGGCUCCAGGACCACGGCACCAACCUCACCUGUCGAGUGACCUUCCCAGAAGCAAAUGUGAGCACAGAGACAAGCAUCCAGCUCAAUAUGUCCUAUGCGCCCCAGAACCUGACCAUCAGUGUUUUCCGGGGAGAAGGCACAGCACCUGAGGUUCUGAGCAACGGUUCGUCUCUCUCAGUCCAGGAGGGCCAGUGGCUGCGCCUGGUCUGUGUCUGCGACAGUAACCCCCCUGCCAGGUUGAACUGGACCCGGGGCAGCCUGGCCCUGGAGCCCUCAGAUUCCUCCUAUCCUGGGGUCCUGCAGCUGCCCCAGGUGGAAUUGGGGGACCAUGGGAAAUACGUCUGCCGAGCUCAGAAUGCGCGGGGCUCCCUGGAGGCGUCCCUGAGCCUCCUUGUGAAGGACCCUCCAAAACUGUCUGGUCCCUCCUGCUCCUGGGAGGGCGAGGUGCUGCACUGCACCUGCUCCGCUCAAUCCCAGCACCCCCCUUCCCUGCACUGGCGGCUGGGGGAGGGGCUGCUGGAGAGGAACCACAGCAAUGCCUCCUUGACCAUCACCUCCAGCUGGGAGCGGCCCUGGGCCAACAGCAACCUGAGCUUCAUCGAGCCGCUGGGCUCCAGCCUCAGACUCAGCUGCGAGGCCCGGAAUGCGCACGGGGAGGAGAGUGCCGUGGUCCUGCUGCUGCCAGGGAGACUGGGGCCCGGGACAGGUGCGCUUCAUGGGGCGAUCGGGGGAGCUGGUGUCACAGCCCUGCUUGGUCUGUGUCUCUGCCUCAUCACCUUCUUCGUAGUGAAGACCUACAGGCAGAAACCAACCCAGAAAUCCGCGCACAGGGAGGACUCCCAGGAUUACGUGAACAAACCCUGGUCAGACAGCCCGUCAGACCCCCUGCCCCCAGCCGCAGCUGCCUCCCCCUUGGAGAAGGAGCAGGAGCUCUACUACGCCUCCCCAACCUUCGAUAGGCUGAGGCCACACAACUUUCAGAAAUGGGAAACCACGGAGUAUGCAGAGAUUAAGAUCCAGAAUCACAACCCCAACCACAGCCCGCCUUGGGAGCCCAGACAGGGCAGCUCUGAGGAAAUGCGUGUCAGGCCCUGAUUCUUCAUUUUUAUUUAAAAAAAAUGUUUAAUGUUUAUUUAUUGAGAGACAGAGCAUGAGCAGGGGAGGGG